AUGUCGGACUUCACCCUUGUCGAGCCCGCCGGCUGGACGCUCUCGCUGCAGUCGAUAUACUCAGCAUACAUUGGGUACUUCCAGAUUCACGGUAUCCCUUGGUACGAUCGGUCCUGGGGCCAUCUUUUCUCCUCUUUCGGCGAUUUCCUGUCCUUUUCGUGGCCUGUGAUUAGCUUGACCGAUGCAACGACGGGGAAAGCGCAUAUAGUGACGAGGCCGGGGUCAUUGAAUGCAUUUCUCAAGAUGGUCAAGACGCGAUUCGGUGAGACACUCCCUAUACCGCCCAAUAUAUUGCAUGUCACGCCUUUCUCUGGUGCUUCACGACAUAUGAGACAUGUCAAUGACUGGACCGGGUACAAGAAAUUGCAUGCGACCUUACCCGCCUCGGAAUUGGCUGCGAUCAGGACACGAAUUCGAGCAGGCGAUCCAACGGCCAUCGUGCCUCUCUGGACAGCGCGCGACAAGACUUACCUCACGUUGUCGUUUGCAUGGAGUGAGCGAAACGAGAAGAGUUGCCUAGAGUGGGGGUAUGCUGCGGUUCGGUGUUCGGUCCUGGCCUCACAAGGACAAUGGCCUCCCGUCCCAGAUGAAAAUUAUCGGAAAGGACAUUACAUAACUGAAGAAUACGCCGACCAGGUCAUUAAUCGCAUCAACCCGACCUUCCCAUGGUCGUAUGCGUUCGGAGAUUCACAAGUCAUUGGAAAGUCCAGCAUUUCCCAGGUUGUCGAGGCCGUAGUCUCUAGCCUUGCGUCGCCUGAUUCUGAUACGACUCCCAACAAUCUCGUCCUCGUCAUCCAUGGCUCCGCCGAGGUCAUCCCACGUCUUCAACGGAUGGGCGUCAAGCUACCACACAAUCUGCACAUCAUCGACACUGCAUCCUUCGAGCGUACGCUUUUCGCUUCAGGGAAACGUGGCAUCAUGGAAGGCCGACAAGCCGGCUCCUCGAUGACUCUCGAUGGUCUUAUCAUGACUCUCGCACCUGGUUUGGCCAGCAUACCGCGCAACACCGGCAACGAGACCUUUCUAGGUCUGUUUGCCCUUCAAAUGCUCCUCGAGCCUGAAGGCGUUCGGAUGCCGACUGUGAAUGUCAAGAACGUCACUGCUGGAAUGAGGCAUUCGAUGAUCAUGAAUUCGAAGAAUGGCGCUGGGAUUACUCCCACGGAUUUGGGUAUACCUGUAGAGGAAUUUGGACAGAUGAAGUUGGGGCCGGGGAGGUCGGGAUCUAGAUCGCCUGGAAGGCAGCUUGAUAUCACGGAUAACAGGAAGUCGAGGAGGCUAAGUGGGUUUGUGUUGGCGCGGUAA